AAGGAAUAAAUACUCUUUGGAAGUGUGGUUGGGGUGUUGACAUUUGUGUUUGCCUGUGUAAGAAUUGAUAGAUGACUACUAAGCAUAGUUGAAUUUUGUUUGAAAGCCAACUGUUUUUUGAUUGUAUUAUAAGAAGGGGAAGGUUUUUCAUAUAAGAAAUAUAUAUAUAUAAAUUGAGAUAAAAGAAGAGUUGAAGGCAAGCUUUUCUUUAUCCUCCCAAAUUAACAAUGGAGGUUUUGUUGAUGAAAAUGCCAACAACAGAUGCCGAUAUUGCUCAAGCCAUUGCCUGCCAUCAAGAAGAUUGCAGUCCAGAAGCUAAGAAGACUGAAAAUAGAAGAAAACUACAUGAAAAUGCUGAUUUGAAUUCAUCAUCACCUAGCCAUGAAGACUUGGUGGAUAGCAAGGAUGUAGAUGUUUGCAUUAAAUGCUCGUUGACCUCCCUCAUAAAUGAGGAUGAACUUGAAUCUGCAAAAGCUGAGAUGGGUGAGGUGAUGGAAGAAAAUGAAAGAUUAAAGAAGAUGUUGGAGAAGAUCCAGGAGAAUUACAAGUCUCUUCAAUUAAGUUUCUUUGAAAUCCUUCAACAAGGAGCUGUCAAGAAAUCGAAAUGUUCAUCAAUUUCUUCGGAUCACAAUGACGAACCAGUUGUUGUAGAACCUGAACUUGUUUCACUUUCCCUAGGAAGAACUACUCCAAUGGAGUCUGUAAAAGAUGAGAAAACAACAAGCUCAAUCAAAAGUAAAGAUGACCCAGAGAUCAAAGCCAGUUUAACUCUUGGAUUAGACUCUAAAUUUCAAUUGUCAAGCCCUCAAAAGAGUUCAGAAGAUCAAGUGAAGGAAGAUGAUGGUGCUGCAGAAACAUGGCCUCCAAACAAGAUUCAAAAGACAACAAGCAGAAAUGGAGAUGAAGAUCAACAAAACCAUGUAAAGAGAGCUAGGGUUUCUGUGAGAGCUAGAUGUGAUGCACCAACUAUGAACGAUGGAUGCCAAUGGAGGAAAUAUGGGCAGAAAAUUUCAAAAGGAAAUCCAUGCCCCAGAGCUUACUAUCGUUGCACAGUUGCAUCAGGUUGUCCAGUUAGAAAGCAGGUGCAAAGAUGUGCCGAGGAUAUGUCAAUCUUAAUUACAACUUAUGAAGGGAAUCACAAUCACCCACUUCCAGUUUCAGCAACUGCAAUGGCUUCCACCACCUCAGCAGCCGCUUCCAUGAUGUUAUCUGGCUCUUCAACAUCUCAACCAGGGCUCAAUGGAUUAAACUUCAGCCACCAUGAUAAUUCCACAACAAGACAGUUCUAUUUACCCAACUCAACCUCAUCAUCUUUGUCCCCGACAAUUACUCUAGACCUUACCUCUUCCCCUUCAUCUUCAUCUAAUUAUUUCAACAGCUUCCCUACAAGCUUUCCCAGAUUUCCUCCAACAAGUCUCAACUUCUCUUCAUCAGAAUCCAACAUUUUGCCUGCAGUUUGGGGCAAUGGCUAUCCUGGUUAUGGUGCAGUGCCAUAUUAUCAAACUCAGCCUGGUAAUUCAAUCCUUGGAAACGAGUCCCAAAACCAGAUUUACCAGUCUUUACCGGGAAAUAAUCAGCAAGGGGGAGCUUCUCAACAGUCUUUGACAGAAACCUUAACGAAGGUAAUCACAUCAGACCCAAGCUUCAGAUCAGUAAUAGCUGCUGCAAUUUCAUCUAUGGUUUGUAACGGUGCAAAAUCUGGAGACCAAACUGAUCAAAAAGCUCAGCAUUUUGGUCAGAAAUUGAUGCAGGCCAUGGUUUCUCAAAAUGAGAAAGGUCAAUCAUCAUGUUCAUCAAGCUACUUCAAUGGAUUGGCAUCUUCAAGUUCUCAAACAGGAGGUUCAUUACUUCAGUCUUCUUUGCCUUUCUCCAUUUUAAACAGUGCCUUUAAACCAGCUUCUGAUGAUAAAGAACUCAAGAAUUAAAUUUUUUGGGGAAAAAAGAAUGGGGCCUUUGAGAUUGUUAUACAUACUGAUUUUGCAAAUAAGAAUCAAUUACGAAGAAUGUUGUCAUGUAUUUUAAAUUGGGUAGUUUCAUCCAUUUCUCCUAACUCUUUAUUAUAAUUUCAUUUUAGUCCUUAAUCCUCAAAUUUUUCGAUAUCAAUUAGUAUGGACUUUCUCUCAACUAAUUUCCAUGUUGUUACCUGGAUGGUUAAUUGAAUUUU